AUGGGGAAGGGCCUGCCUUUCUUUUUCCGCAAAAAUAGCCGUCGUCGCUUGAAGAAGGCAGCGGGCCUGCAAUCACCAUCAUCUGCUCCGCCUCCUCCACCGUUGAGAUCUUCCUCACCACCAGAAUUAAUUGAUGCUAAUGGCAACAACAAUAGUUUGGUGGUUGGGGCAGCGACGGGGCCAGGGAAGGGGAAGAAGAAGGCCGGUGGAGCGGCCAGGCUGUGGAUGAGAUUUGAUAGGUUCGGGAAUUCGGAGUUGGUGGAAUGUGAUAAAAGUGCUAUCAUCAAGCGCGUCGCCAUUCCUGCGAGGGAUUUGAGAAUUCUUGGCCCCGUCUUCUCUCACUCUUCUAAUAUUCUUGCCAGGGAGAAAGCCAUGGUUGUCAACUUAGAGUUUAUAAGGGCUAUAGUGACUGCUGAAGAAAUCCUGAUUUUGGAUCCUCUCUGCCAGGAGGUUCUUCCAUUUGUGGGACAGCUAAGGCAACAACUUCCUCAUAAGAAUGCGGUUAACUCCCAGCAGGGAGCGGGGACUACUGCAGAUAUUCAUGAUAAUGAAACUCAUCUUUCUACAGGGGGACAAUGGUUGCCUGUUCCAGAAGCUGUUGAAGGUUUGCAAUGUGAGCUUCCGUUUGAGUUUCAAGUUCUGGAGAUUGCAUUGGAGGUUGUCUGUACCUACUUGGACUCCAGUGUGGCAGACCUGGAGAGAGAUGCCUAUCCCGUGCUGGAUGAAUUGGCCAGGAAUGUUAGCACCAAGAAUCUUGAACAUGUUCGGAGUUUGAAAAGUAAUCUCACCCGUCUGCUUGCACGUGUACAGAAGGUGAGGGACGAAAUUGAACAUCUAUUAGAUGACAAUGAAGAUAUGGCAGAUUUAUAUUUGACAAGGAAGUGGAUUCAGAAUCAGCAAUCUGAGGCUUUGGUGGGAGCUGCAGCUUCAAAUAGCAUAACGCUAGGUACACCACAUCUCCCUCGUCUUGGCUCUAACCGGAGUGCUAGUAUGGUGACUGGCAGCGUUUUGGAUGUUGAUGAUGUAGAGGAUUUGGAGAUGUUGCUUGAGGCUUAUUUUAUGCAGCUAGAUGGAACACGUAAUAAAAUAUUGUCUGUUCGUGAGUAUAUUGAUGACACAGAAGACUAUGUCAAUAUUCAGCUUGACAACCAGCGAAAUGAACUCAUCCAGCUCCAACUGAUAUUAACCAUAGCGUCAUUUGCUAUUGCAGUGGACACCCUGUUAGCUGGGAUGUUUGGCAUGAACAUUCCCUGUGAAUUGUAUAAUUUACAUGGGAUAUUUGGCUACUUUGUGGGAGGAUCUUCGACUGGAUGUUUGUUUCUUUUCCUGCUUGUUCUAGGUUAUGCCAGAUGGAAGAAGCUACUUGGUUCAUAA